UUGAUUGAGUUAUCGUGUCGCUUAGAUCACUCAUUAUUUAGCACAACAAAAACAUGGCUUCAGUAGUUAGCCAAAAACUAGCACCAAAAGUAUCAGUUAAACGAGACAUCAUCAAGCAGGAGGAUCGUGAGAGCAAACGAUCCAAACUUCAUUCCAUCAUUAGCCGGAUUUUAGAAUUACCCGCCGUUGAGGGCAAAUGCAAAAUGAUGGAUAGUGACAUUGAGAUGCAAUCCAUUCCUGAUAGUCAUACCGCUAGUGAAUCUGUACGAUCGACAUCACCAGCACUCAGCACUAGUAGCAAUGUCCCCUCCGAAUCAUCGUCAGUAACGUCAGAUUUUGACCGGUUGGUAUGCAAAAAGGUGGAUCGUGUUCCACGGCGGAUGUCUCAACUAUCAGUGCAACCAGGCACAGAGCUGGUGGUGCCGGUAAAGUACAAUCAAAAGAUGGCUCGCUCGUUCCCGGAUCGUGGCAGGUCGGAGCGCGAUCAAGUACGCCGUGCCCGGAACACCGUAUCGGCAAGAGAGAGUCGCGCCAAGCUGCGAAUGAUGAACGAUCUUCUGCAGAAGCAAGCCAACGAGGCACGAAAGGUGAAUACGGUUGGCAAAAUUAAUCUUGCGGCGUUGCUGAGCUAUUCAAAUGAUUUGCUAGAUCUGUUGAAUCUACCGACGGUGGAUUACUACGAAAUGUGGCAACAAGCAAAGGACUAUCCUAUAUAUCCCGAAAUGAUUGUCGAAACAAUGAUAGACUGCAACAACACGGUGGGGAAUAUUCCUACGAUCAAGAAGGAAGUGGAAAGUGAAGAAGAGUGAAUCGUAUAUUUAUUGAUUUGACGACGAUGUAGAGACCAUGUUCCUUGUCAGAAAAAUUAUCCAUGAUUUUGACCACAGUUAUAAAUACUUAUAACAUUGAUUAUUUUAUUUGUUAAGUAUAAAACGAAAUAAAUGUUUAACUUAUUUUUACAGAGUGAAAA